GUAUUGUAUAAACGCUGACAUCAAAUGCUGAUGUCAGACUUAAAAGUAAGAGGAUUUUUUUUGUUGUUGUCCUUAAAUCUAAAAUAUUUUACUAAGAAGGCAAAAACCAAGUAUUAUUUCAGCCAGUCCAGCUGGAAAUGCGGUCAAAAAAAAGCAUUUGAUAUCAUGUAAAAUGUGUCUAUUUGAUGCACUUUAUAUAAAAGCUGACAUGUUUACAGGUUAUGGAGACAUCACUAGAGUUUCUGCUACUGGUGCUUCUGAGAAGACUUCUCAGCAGGAUAAACUGGGUUACUCUGGUGUGAGGGCAUCAGAAACCAUGGCCCAAACAGAUUCUGGAAGAAUGAAUAAGUACAAAUCAAAAAUCAACAGAGUGGGAAGUCAGUGCGGUAUUGAUCCGGCCCUUAUUGCUGCCAUCAUCUCCAGAGAGUCCAGAGCUGGAAACAUCCUGCAUAACGGAUGGGGGGAUCACAAUAACGGCUGGGGACUCAUGCAGGUGGAUAUUAGAUACCACCAAAAGGAAGGAGACUGGGACAGUGAGGAGCAUCUCCGCCAAGCGACAGGGAUCCUUGUUAAUUUCAUCAAAAAGAUUCAGACCAAGUUCCCGAGCUGGAGCAGAGAGCAGCAGCUGAAAGGAGGAAUAGCGGCCUACAACACGGGGGAUGGAAAGGUCCUUUCGUAUGAAAAUGUGGAUCAAAACACAACUGGCAAAGAUUACUCCAAUGAUGUUGUUGCCAGAGCCAAAUGGUACAAAAGAAAUGGUUUCUAAAGUCUGCGGCUGAUAAACCAGAGUUAUCCGGCUAAAAAGAAAAAAAUACUUUCAUGCAUGCAACCGUUUUAGAUUAUGCUUGAUCUAGGCUUCAUUAAUCUGUUUAGGUUUCUAUUUAGCCGGAGCAAAGCUGGUGGAAAAGUCAUGUUUAGAAUCAACAGCGUCCAUUAUGUUAAAUCUAAUGCUUAAAGAGAAAUUCAUGUUCUGUGUAGAAUGUUUUGGGUUUAUAAUCAAAAACCGCUGAAUAAAUUUGAAUAAAAUGUUAAAUGCUAAUAAUUGUAAUAAAUGUAACAAAAUGCAGCAUUUUCCCAUGUUGCAAACAAAUGCAGUUAAAUGAAGAUUAGCAUUUUCAUGGCAGCAGUUUUAUUUGUGGACUUUAGGCUUGAUGACUUCACAAAAGACUUAGACAUCAAAUUGCCACCAAUGAUUUCACUAAAACUUGAGCCUUUUGACCCUGAAGCAACUGAUAUCUUACACCAAACAGAAAGUAUGAAAGGGUACGAGAAGCUGACUCUCUCUUGUACUUUAAAUAAUAAACUAAUAUUAAUUGU